GCGCGGUCAGCUGUGAGAGAACGGUGCCGGGAGCACCGAGUCCGCCCCGGGGUGUCCUGUGGGAGGGCUCGGGCUCUCUGCCGGUACCUCAAACUCUGUUAUUUGGGAGUUGGAGCCACACAACCUCACAACGCAGUGGUUUGGCUGAAAACGUUGGGGCCACUGCUGCAUUGGCAGCUCGUUUGAUGUUUGUGCAGCUUCUUAGUGCCACCAACAUCCCUAAAUCAGUAGCCCAGCGUAGGAAUCCUGCUUGGCUCUAAGGUGGUUCAUGUCGUUUACUCAUUCUUCCAUACUUAAAUCCUGAGUCAGCCUGGUCAUUUGGAAAGAACUGUCAGCAUGGAAGAUCACGAGAUCAGCUAUAAUGAGGGAGAACAGCAAAUAUCUCCUCUAGUGUUUCUAGAGGAGGAAGAAGAAAAACAAGAAGAGGAAGAAGUAGAAAGAGAAGAAGAGGAAGAAGAACAAAAAGAGGAAGAAGCAAGACGAGCAGAGGAAGAAAAAGAAGAUGCAGCUGGUCAGCUUCCUAACAUUGAAGAACACUGGCAAGAAUAUGAGCUGGAAGAAGAGCUGGAUGAUGGUGGCAAGAUGGAAAACAAGGACACUUCUGAAGAUGUUGGAGACCAGUCUGAUUCUAGCACGCAAAGCUCAGAACACUAUUUGGCCAAUAUUGGUAACAUUAGGCCUCUGAAGUCUGCAGACAGAAUUCUCCUAACAGCCUUACAGAGAAACCUCCAGUUGCUUGAUGACACGGUCAGGGAAAAGGAACUGGCAGUCCAAAAAACCAGUGACACGCUGAGUGCCUGUCGGCUGCAGAGCAAGAUGCUGGCAAAGCAGCUGGAUCUUGUAGACAUGGAAAUAGAGAGAGUGGAGGAGGCUGGCAAUGUUGCAGCUGUGUCCCGCCUGCAAGCCAUGAGCAGCCGAUUGUUCACUGAACUGGAGAGAGAGAAGGAGCUGGAGCUGAGACUUGCUCUGAUAUUAAAACAAAACUUGGUUGAGCUGUGGCAGAUAGAAACUGAGCAGGGAAAAUCCGACAUCCUCUGUGAACAACUUAAAAAAGAUGAGGAGGAGCUACAGAUGCAAUACCAGGAGGAGAGAGAAGUGAAGAUUUGGAAGGAAAAAAUAACAGCCCUGCAAGCAGAAGGAACACAUCAGACUCGAGAGAAAAGAGAGGAGGAAGCCUGGAGAGAAUGUGAAGAAAGAAAUAAAAAACUUCUCAAGAAUGCCAAAAGGAACCAUGAGAAAGCAGUCUGCUUCCUGAGGCAAAGCAUAGCAAGAAUUUGUGAAAAAAAUGCAAAGGAAGAAGUGAAAGCUCAGGAGCAUAUGGAGAGAAGGAUACAAGCUGUGCUUUCCCUGAAAACCAGCAUCACUUCCAACAGGGAAAGGCUCCAAAGUCUCCAGAUUUUGAACAAAGCAAAGGCCUUGGAAGCAAAGAAGGAGGAGAUGAAAAUGAGGGAGGCCAUCCUAGCAGAAGGAGGCAAUGUUAUCAGGGAAAUUUUUCUCCAUAAACAACAGCAAGAACAUGAAAAAAAUAAAGAAGCUUUUAGAGAACUGCAGAAGUCAAGAAAAAUGGAGAUUGUGUCUCAGAUUUUGCACGAAAGAGCUUCUAUUCACAAGCAGAGAAAAAGUCGGUCCCCUACUAAGGCAAUUAUGGCUCAUGGUAAACUUGAGGAUCCUUUCCUGCAGAGGGGGGAAGCCUGGCAAAGUGAGGAGGCCUGCAAACAUGCAGAUGGGGAAAUAUCACAGUCGUGGCACUCUCCAUCAGUUUGUUCCUUGGCUGGGGAGGAAACUGCUCCCCAAGAAGAGAGUUCUGAGAACAGACCCCAGCAUGUGCUGUGGGAAAGUGGUGAUGAGGACAGAGAGAGGGACAAGACGCUCCUGGUACCAGAGUUCCCAGGACUUUGGAGUCAGGAAUAUGACUUGCACGAGGUGCCCAAAGCAGAAGAUCCAAUACAGUUGGCUAUAAGGGCAAUGAUGAAACAAAUAGCUGAGAAAAAAACAGAGAAACUCCAAACUGGAAUUCUUCAUAAGCAAACUGUGCCUGGCCAGGAACAUAAGAGCUGUGCUUUCCACAGCAAACCCAGCUGCAUUCAUUUCAAGGAUUUUGAUGUUGGUCAAAUCUACAAAAAGAAGAUAGUUUUGACAAAUGCAUCCUACAGUGCUAAUUACUGCAGGCUGGUGGGAAUCAGUGAAUGCCUCAAGGACAUCAUUAGUGUUCAUUUUGACCCACCUGGCAAAAUGUCUUCUGGGAUGUCCUGUGAAUUCCUAGUAACAUUUAAGCCAAUGAUAAAUGAAGGACUGGAAGGAGCAGUCAUAUUUAUGGCCCAGACAGGUUCUUUUUCUGUUCCACUGAAAUGUACAGUCAAGACCUGCACUCUGGCUCUGGAUAAAGAGCUCAUUGACUUUGGCAGCCUUGUGGUGGGAGAGACAAUUUCACGGACCAUCAGCCUGACAAACAGCGGGGCUUUGGGAACCAGAUUCAAAGUUCAGACGUCAGCAGGUGCUACAAGUACCCUCAGAGCAACAGUAAAAGCUGCUCCUGCAAGAGUGGUCACUCAACAUCCCAGUGCCCAUGACCCUGAAGAGGAGGGCAUGAGUCCUGUGGCAGCUGGAGAUCCAAACGAGCAGAUUUGUGCUGGGCCCAGGGAGGGGGUGACCCUCUGUGCAGCUCAGGAGCCCAAGAGCAGCAGUUCCAUGGAGCAACUUGGUCAAGGAGAACUAAAUACCAGAUCAGAUCUGGACACAGAUAAUGCAGAUAAUUUAUUGGAGUUUUUUCCUGAAGAAAUACCAAUUGAAAUUAUGCUUGGAAAGGUGACUGAGGGUGAGAUUGGACCCUUCAGCUUAGUGAAAAUCCCAGUCCUGUUUGUUCCAGCUGUCCCUGGGGAUGUGAGGGCAGAGUUUGUGAUCGUGUUUGACAACCCAAACUGCAAACCACUGAGCUUCAGUGCCAUUGGAGUUUCUGUAGAUGUGCCCAUCUGGGUUCCCCAGCCCAGCGUGGACCUCAGAAUCUGCCUGUAUGAGCGGCUGUACCAGGACAGCGUUGAGGUGUGUAGCAGAGCAACAACCAAGCUGCGUUUGAAGUUUGAGGUGUGCAGAGAAUUGAGCAAGCACAUGGAACUGCUUCCAAAAUCAGGCUACAUCCAGGCUCAGUCAUCCUUCAGUGCACGGCUCAAAUUCCUGCCCAGAAAGUCUCUUCCUGAAGAUGCAGGGAGGUAUUUCAAUGUAGAGACAGGAAUCCUGGAGGUUCCAGUGACAAUCCUCAUCGUGGACAAGGCUAAAAAAGUUAAUUUUACUGUCCAUGCCAUUGUUACUACUUCUGAUUUGGAAAUCAGCCCAGAACAGAUCAACUUUGGAUACUGCACGAUCUAUGAAGCUGUGCAAGCAAACGUCAUCCUAACAAACAAAUCCAUCUUGCCCCAGGAGUUUGGAUUUGUGGGACUGCCAGAGUUUGUUGAAGUUCAGCCCAACAAUGGAUUUGGAAUUAUUCUUCCCCUGGAAAGCCUGACACUGGACAUAAUCUUUAAAGCCACCAAGGCAAAAGAGUACAGCUUUGAACUCUCCUGCAGGACAGAGAUCAACAGACAAUUCAAGCUGUCAUGCAAAGCAGUUGGAGUCCACCCACCUCUUGAAUUGUCUCAUUCCUUGGUUCAGUUUGCUGCUACAGUCCUGAACUCUGCGUCUUCAGCCACCCUGAAUGUGCUUAAUUCCCACGUGGACAGGAACCCCCUCACUCACCCUGUCCCACGGAUUGGCAGUGGGAACCCUGUCCCAGUUGGCCCCACUUGCUUUGAAUUCCAUGUGCCCCAAGACUGUCCUGUGACCAUUACACCUUCUGUGGGAACUGUGCUGCCUGGGCAGAAAAGCUCCAUCCGAGUAUCCUUCAGCCCGGUGCUGUCAGAUCAGCAAAUCAGGGAGGAGGCAGCAUGGAGGCUCAGCACAGCAGCUGUGCCAGAGGCAGGAGCACAAAUUUCCAGAAGUCCCCCUCAGUCUCCAAUCGGCAAAAAGAGGAAAGAUUCAAAGAAAGAGCGAAAAAAAUCAAGCGUUUUCAUUCCCAGAGGAAAGGCUGGAAGCAGGAAAUGCCUGGCUGCUGUAAAUAGCCCUAAAGAGCCAGAACCUGAAGAGUUAAAGCCCAAUUCGGAUGCUUAUAGUGCAGCCCAGUCUUCCCUGACAAAGAGUUUCAGAGGGAGUUUUAACAAAUACAUCAUCCCAUGCUUUGUUGCAAGUGGCCACGCCACUGGAGAGGAGGGCCCUGGGAACUUAACCUGCAGCCCUCACAACACCUUGUACCUGGAGCUGCACUGCCCUGCUGUAGCCCCACCUGUUCUGAUCACUUCUGACUCCGGGAUCAAUGCGGCCAACUUUGGGGACGUUUCUGUAGGCCACAGAAUGAUGAAAAGAAUUACAAUAGAAAACAUCUCCCCACGGAAGCUGGAACUGGGAUUCUCAGUUCUGAAUCCCAGUGGCCCUUUCCUGUUGGUCAGAGCUGUUGGAACGCUUGAGCCAGGUGAAAAGAAACCCCUCAUCAUAUCUUUUUGUCCAAGUGAGGAUAAAUGGUUCUUGGAAACUCUGGACAUCCAGGUGGGAAAGACCAACCUCACCCUCCGCCUCUCCGGGCAUGGGGUGGUGCCAAGCACUGAGUGCUCUGUGGGAGAGGUGCUGGACAUGGGAUACAUCAUGGCCAGGGACACGGUGACUGCCACAGUCAAGAUAGAGAACACUUCCAACCUGACCCUGCUGUUCUCUGUACAACUGGAGUCGCUCUCACCAACAUGGGACAGAGACAGGCAGAAAAUUCCAUCCUUUCUUACAUCUUCUAUACAGAGAAGAGAGAUUGUUGGAACACAGAACUAUAAUGGCUCCAGUGUGUUCAGUGUCUCUCCAACAGAAGGAAAAAUUGAGGCUGGGAAGACCCAGGAUUUUUUGGUUACUUUUAGUCCUGAUCAUGAAAGUCUCUACUACUCUGACUGUCUUAAGGUUCUGCUCUUUGGGAAGCAAACAGCCCACAAGAUCCACCUGAAGGGUGCAGCCCGGGAUCACCUCAUGUUUGUGGAGGGGGGAGUGCCCCUGGAUGUACCCAUGGAGUCCUUGGCUGUGACCUCACCUGUGGCACCACAGGAAGGAGGGCCACAAGAAGCAGUGAGGUCCCUUCUCCUGCUCCUGGAGUACAUGGAGGGCUCAGCAGAGCCAGCCAGGGCAGAGAUCACCAUCGGCACCAUGCAAAGUCCUCUGCUGGCAGCCAAGAAGGCCGUGGAGUUCAGCCUGGACAACGGCCCGGAGCUACAGCAGGCGGGGUUCACGCUGGACGGCACGAGGGGAGCCCUGGAGCGCGGGCAGCUGCAGCAUAUCAGCGUCUCGUGGAUGCCACCUGCCGACCUGCAGACCAGUGACGCCCCACUUGUGUCAGCCCUCCUUACUGUAAAAGGUGACAUUACAGAAUCCUACCGAGUCCUGUUCAUGGCAAGAAUUGUGUCUGCACCUGCUCCCAUUGAAUGAGGGAUCCAGGCCAAAUGGAAAAGAAGAUGGAGGCUACAUUACUGUGAGAUCCCUGGAACUCUGGUGAAACAUGGGAAGAUUUUGAGAUUGUUGCAAAUAAGUGAGAGCAGCAGGGACGUGGGAAGGAAGGGCCAUGUAAUAUUUCUGCUCUGUUUCAUCCAAAGUUCUCUGUAAACUCUGGUGCCAGUAGCUUCAUUUUCCAGCUGACUCUGUGACAAUAAUCUUGUGUUAGAAGAAAGAAUUACUGAGGGCCCCAAGAAGCUACACCUGCUGUUAAUCCCAUGUCUCUCAAAGGUGGGCAAAGGAAGAAUAUCUGGUUUACAUCCACAUAGAUGAGUUUCUAUCUUUUUCCAAUUUCAGAUGCUUUUUGUAGGAUUUGUAAAAGCCUUGACUUUUUCUCUUUUAAGACAAGAAUAAAGUUUCUUAUUCAAGCCUCCUCCAAA